AUGACGGAGACUUGGCAGACUCUAGAUCUCGAAGCCAUGCAUGCUCCGAAGGUGAAGGCAACGCUGCGGCAGAAGAUGGCGAAUGCCAUUAGGCCGUUGGUCGAAGCAGACCCCUCGAUAAAGGUGAAGUCUAUUAUUGCAGAAGUUCAAUCCAGGUUCAACUAUACUGUGAGUUACCACAAGGUUUGGUUGGCAAAGCAGAAAGCUAUCGCAAAGGUCUUCAGUGAUUGGGAAGUUUCUUACCAGACUCUGCCAGUAUGGUUGAAAGCAAUGACGGUUGAUGGCACGCACCUGUACGGAAAAUAUAAAUGUGCACUUCUGGUAGCGGUUGCACAAGAUGGGAAUCAAAACAUUGUGCCUAUUGCAUUUGUGAUAGUCAAGGGUGAGACGGCAGACGCAUGGGAGUUUUUUCUAACCAAUUUGCGGAGAUAUAUUAUUACCAUUGAUGGUGUGGGUAUUAUUUCUGACCGCCAUACCUCCAUCGACGCUGCAAUAGCUCGCAGUAACGGUGCAUGGUCACCACCAAGGGCGUGGCACAUGUACUGCAUCCGGCACAUCGGGUCCAACUUCUUAAGGAGGUUCAAGGCUCCAUAUUUGCAUAAACUCGUGGGGAACACAGGCUAUUCUAGGACGGAACAAGAGUACAACAAAAACUACCAAAGGCUUAAAGAGCGGGGUGAGGCAUAUAAUCAAUGGUGCAAUGACAUCGGUGUUGAAAGAUGGGUGUUGGCAUUCGAUGGUGGUCAUCGUUGGGGACAUAUGACGACAAACUUGGUAGAGUGCAUAAAUUCUGUCCUGAAGGGUGCACGCAACCUUCCUGUGACUGCCAUUGUCCAGUCAACUUUCUAUCGGCUGAAUGAAUUGUUCACUCGGAAGAAUACCGAGGUUCAUGAGCGUCUCCGCAACGGAUUCACAUAUUCAGAAUUUGCAACGAAGAGAGUUGAAGAAAGCUUUCGACGUGCAGGAAACAUUGUGAUCAACCGGUUUGACAGGCGCAAUGAGAUGUUUGAGGUUUGCGAAAUGCAAGAUGGUACCAUUUACACUGUUAACCUUGCGCAACGACACUGCGACUGUGGCCAUUUUCAGGUCGAGCGACUCCCAUGUCGCCACGUGCUUGCAUGUUGCACCAACCAGCGUCUUGAUUGGCAAGUAUACGUGCACGACGUGUACAAGAUGUCUGAAAUUUGCAAGGUGUACAGAGAUGAGUUUGUUCCGAUGGGUGACCCAUCUACGUGGGAUAGAUAUGAAGGAGCGAAGGUGAUCGCCAACUGGACAUUGAGGCGCACGACAAAAUGA